UACAACCACAGGUCAUGGAGCUAAGGGUUGUCCUGUUUCUUGGAAUACUUCCAAAUUUAUUCUUUGUAAAAGCAUCUUUUCUCGGUGGUACGAUAAGCUGGAGAGUUAUUCCUCAUCAUAAUACAAUACAGUUUAUAUGUAGGACAACAUGGGAGAAAAGCACAGGUCCUUGUGGGAAUCCUUGUUUAUCAUCAGAUAUAGGAAAGACUAAACCAUCCAGUAUCUUUGACAACAUUUUCUGGCAAUAUGAAAACGGAACAAUCACAGAUACGAAGAACAAUCUUAACUAUGUUUUGACGACAGUAAGCGACAAUCCAUCAUACGAACAGGGAGAAAACAAAUUGUUGAUGCCCUUGGCAAACGUAUCCAGAUUUACGUUAAGACUGAAUAAUAUUUCAUGGAUAUCAACGGGUACUGCCAAGGCUCCGGUUAAUGUUGCGCUGAAGAUAAAAGUUAACACAUGUAUUAGAAAUGAUACCAAUAUGCCAAAUGCUAGUCCUAUAUCUGCACUGCCACCAUAUAUAGGAAUACAGCACAGUUGCCACACAGUGAUCAAAAUACCUGUGAUUGAUCCGGAUGAUGAUAGGGUCGGUUGCAGAUGGGCAGAAUCCCAAGACUGUGAUCAGUCGUGUACAGAUCUACCAAAUGCUGAAUUAAAUCAGAAAGAUUGCACGAUAGAGAUUGACGCUAAUACUCAAAAUGGUUACCGGCCUGGUCAGAAAUACCGUGUGACAUUAAUGGUUGACGAUUACCCAAGAUAUGAUGUUUUCAUGAAUAAUAAAGCUGUAACACCACAACAAAGAAUAAGUAGCACACCUGUACAGUUUACUAUACACAUUGUAAAUGGACCAACCAGUUGCAAUUCUGAUAUGAAAUUCGUGGCAUUGACAUUACCUGAAAACAUCCGAGUACCAUAUCCUCCAAAUAGACCACAUCUCAUUAAUGGUGUUUAUCUGGAAACUCCAGAUGUAAACAAAACAUCUUUUGUGGUUAGUUUAUCUAAGGGAUGUACAUACCAGCAGCUACCGGAUGACACUGGAAGAACAAAUGUAACCCGACUUUACGAGGUUUGUAAAGUUACCCCUAGAGACAUGAUCGGUGAUGCUUUAUUUUGUGUCUGGGCUAUGAAUGGUUACGGUGUAACAAGUCAACCAAGAUGCGUCGAUGUUAUUGUUGCUGGUCGAAAUGAAUGUUCUACAGCACCUUGCAUGGGAAACGAAACAUGCUACAAUCUGUUUAUGAGUCAUUCCUGUCGGUGUGAAAACGGAUACAAACGUCCAUUCUGUAUACAAGAACCAACAUAUAUAACAGAACCUAAAUCCCCUAUAGAUAUGGUAACUGGGAUAAUAGUUGGCAGCAUUAUUCUUCUUCUACUUAUAACUGGACUGACAUGGUAUCUGUAUAAAACUCAUAAACAAUCGUCCGAAACAGGACCCGCUGGGCAAGAAACAUGGGUUACAAAAACCAGGAAUGUAAAACUUUAAUAUAAACAGAAAGAAAAUUAUUGCAACAUUACUAGUAUACUAUCCAUUCAGAGCACCCGUGUUUGUAGGUUCUUGUAGCUCACUAUGUAAUGUUUUGUACACCUCCUCCUCCUUUUACGUUGAGUUUUUGCCAUUCUGAUGUCUGAUUUUCUUCGACUUGUAAGUUUCAAUGUCCCCUUGGUAUCAUCU